AGAGUUUUAAAUCGUAUGUUGGUACUCUCACUGGCGUUAUUUCUUAAUAUAAACUUUCCCUGGCAGACUUCUUGCGUUCUGACGUAUAAUGGAUCACAACAAGCAGUUGGCGGAAUUUAUGCAGUGGCAUUAACUUUAGAAGACUUUCCAGCGGGAACUACAAACUUUGGUAGCGUCACACCGUUCAGCGGUAUCCCAUUACAGUUUCUUGUCAUGGUAAUUGGUAACCAUGCAGGCAAUUGUCAUAAAAAGCCUGUCUAUACAGCAUCUACCCCAAAAGACGGUGAAUGUUCUGAUGUCUCGAUUGGCUCUGCAUAUAUUGCAGUGAUAGAAGUGCAGGUUGCAGAUCUCUCAAAGUCGUAAGUUUAGCGAACUAGAGUAGUUGCUUUCGAAUGUUUUAGUUUUUAGUUUCAAAAUUAAAUUUUGACUCAGAGGACAUAUGUAUAUGAAGGUUCCGAACGAAAAAGUCUGUCAGAAUUCUGGAAUAUUUUCGUGCCAGAACCCUCACACGCUAAAACAGCUCGCCAACUCGAGCUCGUAACGCCAGGGUUAAUGAGAGAAUGCUCGCAAGCUAAGAAGAAAGUGAAAAAUAAGCUGUGAUGCAAAGUCGCUUCUAACUCUGAUCGAGGAGAACAUUUUGGAAGAAAUGAGGACUUAAAAACAAAUCAACUUCUCCACCAAGUGGUACUUAAGUGAAAAACAUUUUGUGAAUUCAAAUGACUAUGAGAUUACCCCGCCAUGGCUUACUGGUACAUAGGCAUUGGUAUUACGACGAAAUGUCACUCUUCAUGCCCGAACGGGAACUAAAAAGACCUCAGUAUCUAAGUUAAUAUCAUCGACACAAUAUUUUAUUUAAUCCAUUCAUUUCAGCAUUGUGGAAAUAACUACUGCUUCUCCAUCUGGAAUGCAACUUACAUCUUUACGCAAUCAAGGACAAAUCUAUUACCGAAAUGUCACCUGGUACCCACGUCAGUAUCAAAUUGGACAGCAGUUGUUCUGCUUUAAGGCAAUAGACUCUGCUGGGUAAGAAUUACAGGCGGUAUGGACAUCAACCCCAAGUAUAUUAAUUCAGGCGGUUAACAGUUUUCAAAUGUUAAUCUCAAAUCGUAUAAAAUUGAAAAAUUCUUCUUUUCUAAUUGACAGGUGAUUCGCGUUUUUUCCAGCUUCAGGCAGUUUGCUUGUUUUUAAUUUGAAUUCUAUUUAACUCCUUGUGAUAUCUUCCUUUCCUCUGAUCAGCUGUUGCUAAUUUUCAUCAUUCAUUUUUUUUUCCUUUACUCUAUUCACCCAUUACUCUUAUUUCGUGUAUUUUUCACAGACUGGAAAGUGAGUGGCGAUGUGUGACAAUUCUUGUCGGCAUGAGUAAGUAGAUACUCAAUUCACAUUGUGUGGCGUUAAUAUCGAAUUUACGUUAACGAGGACUCUGCCAGUUAGGUGAACACGAUCACACAUUGACUUACAUCGAAUGAAAAAAAAUUGUGAAGCCUUUCGUAAACUUAGCGGGAAAUAUAGUGGGAACUACGUCUUCUAAAUUUUGAUUUUAAUAUGAACUUCACUAAAAUAACGCCCCCUGAGUAACACCUGAAAUGUUCCAAAAAAAUUUGAUAUGGUCUCAACAGCAAAUGCUACCAAUAUGAUAACCCUUUCCGUUCGGGGCAGUGAAGUCACUAUAACCUAGGUAUCAUUCGUAACAAAGUUUAGUCUUGGAAAUCCUUUUGUUUCACGAAUUCGACAUGAAGGCAAAUUUGUAUCAUCAGAUACGUGUAAUAAGAACUAUCACUGAAAGUGUUGGUAAAAAGCGUAAAAAGAGGUUCAAACAUAACAACUUUUUUUCAGGCAGUACUCCCCGAGUUAUUUUAGCGAGUCGCAAACCCAUAGCACCAGUCAGCAGACUUGGAUCAGGUUAUUCCAACUGGAGCGUUCAGUUUGACCGAUUGGUAAGGUUACAUGAUCAGUGUCACUCGCCAUCUAAUUUCAACUUUCGGUUGAGGGGUUACUUUAUGGGACAUGACGUUAGAAGCAAUUAGCAAUUUAGGUCGGGCUCUUCUCCAGUGAAACAGUCUACAUGCGGCAGAUAUUCAUUAAUCACUUUGGGCUGAAUUUAUCGGUUAGUUUGCUCACUUUCGAGCGCUUAUUUACACAUUCUUCAUUUCACGCUUUUGGCAAGUUCAUAGCCCAAAACAUCGGCAAUAUGUUUUUAUGUAAUUGGCGCAUUUUGAGUUCCUUUUAUCCAUGAUUCACGAGCGAGGAGACGGCUACCCUAGGUUACUAGGAACUGGUUUUGUCUGUUUAUUAUAUACAACAAAUAGAUCCCUAUUUUCCCUGCAUCUUUUCAGUUGUCCGUAAUCUAUCAAUCAAAUUUCUGCACAGGUACAAGACAGCGCGUAGUUAAGUCAAUAAAGUUUACCAUUCUGUCAGAGAAAAUGAUGCAGAGGUAAAAACGCACGUCUCCGAGAGCUGCCGCUCAGGAUCCUUGCGGAGCCUGACGCCUCUUUCAUGUGAGAUGAAUUUUUCGGUGGCUCUCGUUCUUUUUCCAAAAGUCCUCUCGGGCCCGGUUCAAACGUCGAACUUUUCAUGAGCCGAACCUAAUACCCCUAAUAAAGUACAUGUGGGGCGCGACGUUUGAAUCAUUUAAGUUCGACAGAUGUAAUUUGGGUCGACCCAAGAAUUAAGUUCGAAAUGGCCAGUCGGUCGGUUCAACUAUGGAGCGACUUUAAUGCAAACGUCGAACUCUUCAUGUGCCGAACCUCAUGCAUAAAUUAUUAUCAUUCAUUUUUCAAUCCCACAAUCCACUUCUCUCGCCAUAAGCAUGCGCAUGAGAGUGGGAAAAAAUUGCGACUUGGCGGAGAAAGCACGCUGUGGUUGCCUAUAUGGACAUGUCUUUUUCGUAUUUUGACACGACAAAAUAUACUUGCUUAAAAUGUAGCAACUCAGUUUGUAACCGCUGCUCUGUGUUUCAAGAGGAAGAAACUCCUGGCUGGCAAGCCGGAAAAUCCGUUGCAUUUUGCAUUGCUUGUGUAAAGGAAGAUCACAACUUCAGUACCAGCAGUGGAAGAAGUGUGGCAACAAAUAGCUGGCGAAAAGUGACAGCAGACGAUGGAGAGAUAAUGAGUAUCGAAAAUAAAAAAGUAACUAGGAGUGAUGCUUCGACUUUUACAGCGCUCGUAAUAAGUACGACAAAAAAGUUCGACGUCUGAAUCAACGGUCGAUCUUAAUUAUUUGGGUCGACCCGAAUAACUAAUUAAGUUUGGUGCAUGGAAAGUUCGACGUUUGAACCGGACCUCAGGUUCUCUAGUUUUUCCCCCGCCAAAAAAACCAACUGUUCCAAUUUCCAGUCGGAGUCCUGUGAGUAGUGGAAGAGGACACGUUUACUCCUUCCGGAAAUGACACAGCUGGAGUUCAUUUUUCCCUCUAAUUUAAUUACUGCAAUCUGUAAAGGUUUAUAGUUUCUAAAUUUUCCAACAGAUCAAAAAACCUCGAGCAUCGUCUUACAUAAGACUCGUCUUGCUGCCCAGUGGACAAACUGUCUAUAAAGUGGACGCACUCUCUCAAAACGUGACAAUUCGUAGUAAUUCAACCACACUACGUUUUUUGAUUCCCCAUCCUGUGUUGAGCAUGGAGGGGUUAUAUGCAAUCUUAAUGGAUAAAGGAGUAGUGGUUGGAGAGGGCUGUUCAUCUGGUGGCACUUUCACACCCGGAAUAUCAUCCUCAAACGCUUGGAGAUUCUAUGUACAUGGUGUAUGUCGCUUCGGAUAUUCGCUUAGUUUGCCAGACUUUCGUAGCUGUGUAGGUACGCUGAUAGCACUUUCACAUUUUCUUCAUAAAUUCUUUAAUAUGAGUUAUGUAUAUCCGACGUUAAUUUCUUCGUAUAAAUGUUUCAAUAGAUUAACACUCAUGUUGUUAGCCCGGAACCCUUUGUGAACAAUGCAAAAUGCCCUGAAAGAACUCUAACAAUUAUACCACAGGCAUGUUACACACCAAAGAUGUCAGACACUGCAUUAUUAUUUCUUUUUAAGAGACAAGUAUUUCAUUCAUAUGUCCAUCCCAUCAAUCCAUCCGUACGUCCCUGUGCCAUUCACCAAGUGGUUGCCCAGCUAAUCAAUCAAAUAUCCUUUCUCUUUAAGAUGUAAAUGAAUGUGCCUACGCAAGUUCCUAUGGUGAGUUGUUACAUCUUUCCCCGAAGAAUAAACCGUUCUCUAUAUGGUCAUCUGAAAUCAAGAUGAAGCAGCUUUUAAGAGAAAUCAGAGUUUUAUGCUCUGUUAGCUCUGUUUCUUAAUUUUCGAUUUUCACCCGCUCGAUUUUAGUUUACGGCGACUUUUAACAAUGGUGAAAUACUCAGAAUUCCAAGACACAACGCAUCCUUUUUUUUUUCGGCUAAUUUAUUCUCAUAGGGAAGUCAAAAACUCAUCAUCUUUGAAGCUUACCAAGCAGUACCUGGCUUUAAAAAGACACAGAAAGGAAGUCGUGCUUUUUAUGCAAAAAGAGCACACCCUGUUUGCAUCUACUUCAGUUUAGCUGCGCAAAAUCAGUUGCAUGAACUUGCACCAGUAGACAGUGGAAAGCUACUCCGCUUAAAUUUUAUAUUUGUUGUUUAACGUUUGAAAAGUGUUUUAAUCCUUGAACUAACUAUUUUAAUUUUCCUCUUCAGUGCAUUCGAAUGCUUCAGCCCGGUCAAAAAUCUUUCCGGAGUUUAUAUUAUCGGCAGGUUGUGAUCAAGUCUGUUGCAACACUCAGGGAAAUUACAGUUGUUCUUGUGCAAGCGGAUAUCAACUGCAGUCGAAUGGAAAAUCUUGUAAAGGCAAGAAACAAAAUAAGUUAGAAAAAUUCUUUUCCCGUAUUUAAAAUGCUCUUUUCGGCAAAUAAACUAACAAUUUACUCGAUUGUAACACUCAUCUUUAUGAUUAUGGCACAAGAACAGCAACAGACUCGCACUCAGCCCCCCAGUCAAGCCUCGCAUCCCUCGCGAACCUCUCACGUGGGGUUCCAUGCGUUUGCCACUUGCUUACCCCAAAUCCAUUAAACUCUUUCUGUACACUGUAAAAAGCUUCGUUGAUCCUAUUUGGGUAUUAUUUAUUUUCUUAAAUCGAGUUGUUCAUGUGUCAACUUCAUUUUAGAUAUCAACGAAUGUUCUAUCAAUAAUGGCGGCUGCAGUCAUCAUUGCUUCAACAUCCCUGGAACAUUCUACUGCGGAUGUCCAAAUGGAUUGACGAUGGGGAUAAACAAUAUGACUUGUGUUGGUAAGAAAUGAUUGAUGUCUGUUUGCGUGUUUGUUUCUUUCUGAAAAAAAUGUUUCUCUAGUCAUUUGUCACCAGCUGAUUAUUUUUUCAGUUGUGUGUUUGCCUCUUUUCUCCAGUCUGCCCUUUGAUCGCCAGUAACAUAAAGAGUUUAAAAUAAGUUUCUUCAAUUAUUCUUAACUCCCUAAACCUUUUUGAUUUCAGACCAAACCGCAAGUGUUUCGUGCGGGCAGAAAAAAAUGACGGUGUAUUUGGAAAAGCGAAGAUUCCACUACUUUAAAGCCAAACAACUACACUUGCGCUAUCCUUCAUGUAAAGGCACCGAGAACGCCACCCACUUCUUGAUCAGCACGUCUUUAGAUAGUUGCGGGACGCUGCGGAACGAAACCGAAGAUUUUCUGAUCUUUUCGAAUGAGGUGCAUGCAGCAGCUCUGAUCAUUGAUAAUGUGGUUACUCGUUCACAUGAUAUAAAACUGCCAUUUUACUGCCGAUACUCCCGAAAGAAGCUACUGAGCCUGGCCUUCACACCUCGGAGGAUUUACGUCGGGAAUGAAAGUAACUCAAAUGAAACGAAAUAGAUAAGUUUAUUUAGGCUUCGAUGUCUUAGUCAGAGUUAGUUGGUUAAGGUUUAGCUGGGGCUAGGGCUUAUUUUGGUCUAAUCAAAACUAGAACAAAAUUCUUGAACGUGAUUGGUUAAAACCAGCCCGAUUUGUAUAGGUAACAGCAUGAUUACGAGUGCAAUUUGGUGUUAGCAAGCACGUGUAAAUUUUGCAAAGACAAGUCUUUGAAAAAUUUAUAAGUGCUUAUUAACACCAAAUUGCACUCCAGAUCAUGUUACUUGUUAAUAAUUUACAUGAAGACGGACGAAAUCUUGGCAGCGCGCACGCUAUUUGCAAUUGGCACUCGUGUUACAACUUUGUCUUUGUACUCGUGUUACAUGAAAAAUGCACUCGUUUUCAGCCAAUCAGACGUGCGUAAUAGGAUUACAAGUCAUGCUUGUAAUUGCACAGUGUAAUAAGACAGUUGACACAUCAUACCUGCUGGUAGGUGGACAGUACGCGUCAUAUGCGCGCCCUGUUAGCGCGCAUUUCAUAGAGUUUUUUUUUGUGUGUAAAAACGUAUGAGUGAUGCCUGUUUUCUUUCUCUAAUUUUGUUAUAGUUUUGAUUAAUUGGUAAAAUAACUUCGUGUCGUCCAAUUCUGUCUGUAGUCAUACUCAUGAUCAACAAAUCAAAAUCCCGCUUCGAGGUCGCCCGAUUUUGUCAAUCACUCGUACGAUUACAGACCGAAUUGGUCUCCAUUCAGUCCUAUUACUAUUAUAAAUUGGCAUGAAACACAAAACGGAACCGGACGAAAUGUAGGUAAAUUACAAAUAAUAUCCCUCGGAAUUUCAUCAGGCUUCUCGGCAAGUUUGCCGGUACCCGUUUGUAUUCCUGGGUGGAGGAGGAGCACUGAGGGAGCUAGGUGUCCUGCCUCGCAAUAUUGCAUUGACAGGGCUGAUUAUCAGACCUUUCUAUCCAGUUUCCAGACAUUAGACUACCUCGUCUUCCACAAAAGCCAACUAUCUCGGGGUACUAAAGUAGAUGCAGAUAAAGUUCUUUUCGAUGGAGUGUCGCCAGGCCAAGGGGUGGCAUUUGUAUUUGAAACCAGUGACAGAGAGAAGCAAAGGAAAACCAUUAAAACCAGGAUGAAUUUCGACACUCAAUUGAAAAUUUCUCCUUGAGGUGAAGUGCUCAAAAUCUGAAUGCUGGGUUUUUGCAAGAUGCAAUAGAGGAUAGGAACCACGGCUAUAGUCCAAUUGAACUUGAGACCUCUGCAAUUCUGGCUUGUUUGCAUUCAGUGCGGUCGGAUGAACAAUUAACCUUACGGAUGAUCUAUUUGACCGCAUGUAGUGAUCAAAAAAAAGAAAGAAUUUUACUUGAUUCUCUUUUUCCUGCUUUUUCCUCAUUUUUUAGCGGGAUAUGGUACCUUCACCUUCAAGAUGGACUUUUAUAAGAGUUCUUCGUUUGCCACGCCCUACACAACGCAGGACUACCCUCUAACGGUGGAUCUUAAUGAAUAUGUUUAUUUACGGUACAGUGUGGCGUCCUCAGCUGACCUGGUCAUUAUGGCUGAGAACUGUAAGGCUACUAAAGACGCAAGCUUUUAUUCUUGGCCACAAUACACCUUUCUUCAAAACGGGUUAGUUUAUCAUUGUGCCGUGAUCAAGCAUAGCCAGUAACUGAUCUAAUACAUUUAGCUAGGCUAAGACUGCAGAAAACGCCUUGUCUUCUUUGUGAUUUUCAGGCGCGCGGAGAUGAGCGGGAGGCGAGAAAUCCGGGAGCGCGAGGGGCGAGAAAUCCGUGGGAGGCGAGAAAUCCUGAGGGGAGUUCGUCGCGCACUACCUUCCGCUUGCCUUGUUGUGCAAGCUCGAUGAAAUUUGUUGCCUCCUGUAAUUUGAAUCAUUUUACUUGAUUACAUUGUUGAAACAAGAUAUUAAAAGCUGUGAUAAGGACCGUCUAUUUGGUGUCAACAGUUACUAAAAAGGCCUUAACAGUCAUAACAGUCUCAAUGAUAGGGCCAUCUUUCUCUCUGAAUUAGUUUAAAUUGAUGCUCUAAUAUUUACACGGAUAUCCAUUUAAUUCAUUCGAUCUUGUUUUAAUUAUUGUCUUUAACUAUAAGAUGCCCCAAAGAUUCAACACUUGACUACAGUUAUGAUCCAACCCGACAAUACCAACAGUUUAAAAUCAAAACUCUCCGAUUUUGGAACGACUAUGGCACUGUGUACUUCCAUUGUGAAUUGCUGGCCUGUCACCGGAAUUCUCCUAAUUCCAGGUUGGUUUCAGAGAUUUCAGUUGCAUUGCAAACAAGCGAAAUCGGAAAAAUGACCCUGUAUUAAAAUUCUAGAGAGUUGGUUUAUUUUGUUAGACUGCCAGGUGUCGCCAAAUGUGUCAUUCCAUUUUCCAUUUUUUUAAAGCAAUGGAGGAUCAGUGGUAUUGCUAUGCCACCUGCAUGGGGUACUAACUAGUAUUUCGGACCCACUUACCCAUAGCGGCUAAAGCCCCUUGAUCAAGGUAGACAAUGCAAAAAGAAGACGAACCAAUGCGCCUACUAGGUCUUGAACCUGGACCCUUCGUUCUGGAGUACACGACAAAUAACUACCAUAAACCAUGCCGUCUACGUAUCACGAUUAUGAACACAAGAAAUUUUUUCGUCUUUUCGCGAAAGUCAACGUUAAAAGUCCGGAAACUCGGACCUUCGAGCUUCGAUACUCUACCACUGAGCCCUAAAGACCCCAGGGCAUUGCUAGGUUCAUUUUAACAAUUAUAUUCGACAUCGAUGGUUUGCACGACUUUCAGAGAGAAAUGAAAAAAUGGAAAAAUGGGUCACGCUUUUUCGCGUUUUUGCUCAUUGUAUCAUGAUCAGCGACUGUUAGAAAGGGAAUGUAUUCUCGAUCAUUAGCCUGUAUUUCUCGUCCAUGUCACAGUCCUUUGUAACUCAAAACCCAACUGACUUUUUGCAGAUGUAGUAAGGGCUGUAUAAAGAACAAGAGAAAGAGGAGAGACGUAGUACGAGAUGGGACAGAGCAAGAAGAAAGCACCAACAAAGUCAUUCUGACAGGUGGACCUGUAUUGUUCGAGGGGGCCAAAGAAGAAGAAUCCAAAGGUAGGUUUUAGAAAUAAGCAUUCGUUAAUGUAGUGUGUCUGUACAUCGAAAUGUUAUGGUUGUUUUGAUAUACUUUUUUGUCUUCAUUUGUAAACAGACCCUUUCACCUUUCUGUAACCAUUUUUUUCAAAGGUUGACUCUUGACCAAAACUCUAUUCCUAGAGCUCUCGAUUCUCGGCGCUGACCGAAACUUUCACUGUUCUGAGGCUACGACGUAAGUAUUCUUCGAGGAAUGUAACUAAUUCUUGUUUGUCUUUGCAGAGCCCAAGCAGGGUAUGCAUACAGCUCUGAUCGGUGGUGUAGCAGGCGCUGGAGUAUUUGGACUGUUUGCAGUUGUAGCUCUGGCUGUUUUGUUUGUCAAGUAUCGCAGGACGCAACGGUUUCCGAACAGCAACAAGGACGAGCCAGCGGGACAAAACAAUGCUGCUUACAUGCCGGAGGAUGAUGUGAUCACAAUGGGAGGCAAUAAUUAA